AGGAAGAAGCCGCAGGACAGCCAACAGUAGAGGACGACGGAAGUAAACAUGGCUCAGGAGAAGAGCAUGGCGGCACCAGACCUCCUCAGAAGAGCGAAAUUAUUGAAACAAGGAGCAGAAGCCCGGGUUUACCGGGCAGACUUUUUAGGAAAACCGACUAUUGUGAAAGAAAGAUUCCCGAAACGCUAUCGACACCCGGUGCUGGACGAGAAACUGACACACCGCAGGACGGUGCAGGAGGUCCGCUCGUUACUGCGCUGCCGGAGAGCAGGCAUAUCUACCCCUGUGGUGUAUUUUGUAGACUACACCUCCCACUGUAUCUUCCUGGAGGAAAUCAUCAGCUCCGUUACUGUCCGUGACCACAUUGCUUCCAUUCAGCAGUCUGAUGCCAGUAAGGAUUCAGAGCUGGAGCAGCUGGCUGAGAGGGUGGGCCGGAUCCUGGCAAAAAUGCAUGAUGAGGAUGUUGUCCAUGGAGACCUGACCACCUCCAAUAUGCUACUGAGACACAUCACAGAGAACGGGGAGUACGACCUGGUCCUCAUUGACUUCGGCUUGAGUUACAUCUCCGCACUGCCUGAAGAUAAGGGGGUGGACUUGUAUGUGCUGGAGAAGGCAUUCCUCAGUACCCACCCCGAUACAGAGGCGCUGUUUGAAAAGCUGCUGAAGUGCUACGCAGUGUCAUCCAAGAAGUCACCAGCAGUCAUUAAAAAGCUUGAUGAAGUUCGUUUGAGAGGGAGGAAGAGGUCGAUGGUGGGAUGAUGAUUCAUGCUGUGUACAGGGACAAGCCUCUCUGGAAAUGAUGUUUUUAAAACAUGUUAUAACUCCAAAGUUGUUGUGCAGAAAGACUGUUGUGUGUAGAGUAAAAACAUCAUCAGAUGAAAAUAAAAAUGUUAAGAAAAACAGGA